UAAGCAGAAUCCCGCGUGCUGCCAUGGACAGUGUGAAGAUGGAAUCUGUCCAGAUUAAAGAGGAGUUCCUUGAACUUGUCCCCAUUAGAGUGGAGUUCUCUGGGCUGGCUUCCCUCCCCAUUAAACAGGAGCUCUGUGAGAUGCAAUGUGACAGCAGUCAGCCAGAGGACUCUGAGGUUAAAGCUGAGCACAAUGAAUUGGAGAUCCCCCAGACAGAAGAACCCCUUCCUGUUAAACAAGAAGAGGUGCUGGAAAAUGUCCGUAUUAAACAGGAGCCCUCUGAAGUAGAGUUUGACCACACGGAACCAGGGAAGGAAGAAUCCGAGGACUUCAAACCAAACAUCCCUGAGCUGGAGCCUGUACGCCUGCGGGAGUGUAGCGUGGUGCUGGAGAGAAUCUGCGUGAGAGAGCAAGGCGCUGGAGAGGAAGGCUCUCCCAACAGCAUGCAAGGAGGUGGAAAGGAAGACGGGCGCUCCCAUUCAGAAUGCAGUCUAGCAGGUUCCAGUCCAGCAGCUAAAACGAGGGCGGGCGCUGCAGAAUAUCCUGACUGUGGGAAAGGUAUCACCCAGUUAGAGCAUUUAAAAAUGCACCAGCGAACUCACACAGGAGAGAAACCGUACCACUGCUCUGACUGUGGGAAGAGUUUCAGUAGGUCAGGAGACAUGAAAGCACACCAGCGAAUUCACACAGGAGAGAAACCGUAUUCCUGCACUCGCUGUGGGAAGAGUUUCAGUCAGUCAAACAACCUUGUUUCACACCAGCGAAUUCACACAGGAGAGAAACCGUAUUCCUGCUCUGACUGUGGGAAGAGUUUCAGUCAGUCAAACAACCUUGUUUCACACCAGCGAAUUCACAGAGGAGAGAAACUGUAUCGCUGCUCUGAUUGUGGGAAGAGUUUCAGUCGGGCAGGAACCCUGAAAGCACACCAGCAAAUUCACACAGGAGGGAAAACAUAUUGUUGCUCUGACUGUGGAAAGAGUUUCAGUCAUUCAAACAGCCUUGUUUUCCACCAGCGAAUUCACACAGGAGAGAAACCGUAUCGCUGCUCUGACUGUGGAAAAAGUUUCAGUGUUUCAGGACAACUGACAACACACCAGCGAAUUCACACAGGAGAUCAACCGUAUCGCUGCUCUGACUGUGGAAAGAGUUUCAGUCAGUCAGCCAGCCUUAAAACACACCAGCGAAUUCACACAGGAGAGAAACCGUAUCACUGCUCUGACUGUGGGAAGAGUUUCAGUUAUUCAGGAAACCUGAAAACACACCAGCGAAUUCACACAGGAGAGAAACAGUACCACUGCUUUGACUGUGGGAAGAGUUUCCGUCUUAAACAAGGCCUUCAAAAACACCAGCGAAUUCACACAGGAGAGAAACCGUAUCGCUGCUCUGACUGUGAGAAGAGUUUUAGUCGGUUAGACAACCUUGUUUCACACCAGCGAAUUCACUCUGGAGAGGAUCCGUAUUGCUGCUCUGACUGUGGGAAGAAUUUCACCCAGUUAGAGCAUUUUAAAAUACACCAGCGAACUGACACAGGAGAGAAACCGUAUUCCUGCUCUGACUGUGGGAAGAGUUUCAGUCUGUUAGGCAACCUUAAAACACACCAGCGAAUUCACACAGGAGAGAAACCGUAUCGCUGCUCUGACUGUGGGAAGAGUUUCAGUCAGUCAGGAGACAUGAAAAAACACCAGCGAAUUCACACAGGAGAGAAACCGUAUCGCUGCUCUGACUGUGGGAAGAGUUUCAGUUAUUCAGGAAACCUGAGAAUACACCAGCGAAUUCACACAGGAGAGAAACAGUACCACUGCUUUGACUGUGGGAAGAGUUUCCGUCUUAAACAAGGCCUUCAGAAUCACCAGCUAAUUCACACAGGAGAGAAACCGUAUCGCUGCUCUGACUGUGGGAAGAGUUUCUGUUUUAAACAAGGCCUUCAAAAACACCAGCGAAUUCACAGAAGAGAGAAACCUUAAAGACUAUGUUAAUUGGGACUGUUCUAUCAUGAAGAAAAAACUGUUAACCUUGCAUUAUGAAUUUGAAACAAAAACACUUUGGAAAUGUGAAAAAAGUUCUCAAAAGUACCCAGCCAUUUAAAGUAGAGAUAUCAAAAAGACAAGACAAGCUUCAUGAAACCUUUGGGGCAACCUUGCUCAGCAGAAAACAAACAGGCACAACUGUAAAACCGAUGAGGUCCAAGGUUGCCCCAGUUGUUUCUUCUAACUUGUAUCAAAAACACAAGUUAACUUGGAAGAAACAAUUGGGGCAACCUUGGCCAGCACCAAGCAAACAGGCACAACUAUCAAAGAGGUGGGGGCCAAGGUUGCCCCAAUUUCACAACUAACACAUUUCUCAGUUUUAAUUCAGAAACCAAGUGUUUCUACUAACUUGGCUUGUGUUUUUCAGACACAGUAAAAGCAGAUCAAAUGCAUGAAACAAUUGGUUUCUGAAUUAAAACUGAGAAAUGUGUUAAUUGUGAAAUUAAUUUAUAAAGGAGGGACGAAAAGUCAGACGAAAACCAGAAGCCCAAAUAUUAUGUAAUGCAAUGUAAGGUCUCUCUGAGAAUUAUUAUUAUUUUUUUUUUUUAAAGAAAAAUAAUCUUCCAACUGAAUGUGCAUUUAAGAUUGAGUUCCAGCGCUCUGCCUCUCUGAGUCCUUCUCAGUGCUGGAGAUUGAAUUCUAGCGCUCUGCCUCUCUGAGUCCUUCUCAGUGCUGGAGAUUGAGUUCUAGCGCUCUGCCUCUCUGAGUCCUUCUCAGUGCUGGAGAUUGAGUUCUAGCGCUCUGCCUCUCUGAGUCCUUCUCAGUGCUGGAGAUUGAGUUCCAGUG